AUGGAUGAUCUUACGGUAGGCAAGCGUCGGCCGCAUCCUUCCAGCACAGCUCCUGCACGGCGCAGGGCCAAGGUGAAGACAGGAUGUCGGACGUGCAAGCUUCGAAAGGUCAAGUGCGACGAAGGGCGACCUGCCUGCUCGCGAUGUGUUUCAACCGGGCGAACAUGUGAAGGAUACGGCAUUUGGGGUGGCGGUAACAAGGCCGCAACAGCGUCCAUCACUCCGGCCGCUCUCAUGCUUGCCAUGGGCCGACGCCAACGACAGGCCGCACAGUCUCCGCCGUGGCCGUCGAUCCCGCCACCACUGUUGAAUGGCACAGUCGCACCACUCAGUGCGCAGGAGUGUAACUGGCUUGACUGGUUCCGCUGGCGUACAGCGGUCAAGCUACGGGGUGCCUUCUCGAUGGCUUUCUGGGACGUGCUCGUCAUUCGCGCGAGCCUUGAGGAGCCUGCUGUCCUCCACGCUGCCCUUGCCUUGAGUACUGUGCAUAGGCGUGUUGGAGGAGGUGAGGGCAUGAGGACUGGUUCAAACGAGCGGCUUGCCGUGGCAGAAGCGUGCAGCGAGGAGUUCACUCUUCGGCAGUACAACAAGGCGAUCCGGCAUUUGACGGCUUCGCCGUUGAUGCGAAAUACAAUGGAUGUAUCCAGUGCAUCACCGGACAUUGCUUCUAUCCGGAUCAUGCUCGUGGCCUGUAUGCUCUUCACAUGCCUCGAGUUUAUGCGCGGUCAUUUUCGGACGGGGAGCACCCACCUGCAGAACGGUGUGCGGCUGCUCGACUACCUGUACGCUGGGAAACAGAAAACCUCACCAACGUCGUCUACUCUCAGCUUUAACUCGUUGCAUCUGAUUUGGGACAGGUGCUUCCCGGGAAACAAUAUCGAUCCCAUCGACCAGUGGCUGCUGGAAGCGUUUGCUCGCAUGAACUUGCUAGCAGCGCAAUUUGGUCACGGAUAUGCCGGGUCGAUGCUGCCCACAGUGCCGCAGUAUUUUUUUUCACCGGACCAUCGUCUACUGACACUGCCAAUCACAUUUGCGUCCAUCAGCCAGGCGCGAAAUAGUCUUGAUGCACUGGUCUACGACGUGCUUACCCUCAGGGGACAGGGCCAGGAUCUCCACAAGCAACAAAAUCACGACGCUAAUUCGUCAUUUUCCUUGUUAAUUAAUGGGGACUCGACAUCAUCGUCAUCAGCAUCGUCGCCAUUGCCUUUGCCGUCUUCUAAUGUGGAAAUCAAAAGGUCCUUGGCACUUGAACAAGCACGUCUUGUUGCAGCCCUUGACGCAUGGCAUGCCACCUACCGGGCCUCGCGUAUCAGCCUCUAUUCUCGACCUGACGUCGACCUUCUUGCCCGCGUUGCAUACCAGAUGCUCGUGCUCUACUAUGACAUGGCUUCUAUUCUGGCCUCGACAUGUCUUGCCCCAGAUACGGAACUGGCCUUUGAUGCACAUGCCGGGCGAUUUUUGGCCAUAGUGCGCAACGCCCUCUUGUUUAUCCACGCAGUCAAGGACGUCCAUAACUCGCAAGAUGUCCAUUUCAGCAUCAACCCUGAGGUCGCCGAACAGCUUUGGUCUGCAACGUCACCCAUAGUGUGCCUCUUCAACGCGGAUGUCGGUUGGACGCCGCCGCUCUACUUUACAGCAUUGCAUUGUCGGGUACCUCGUAUCCGGAAGCAGGCGGUGCGGUUUGUCAAGUCGAUCCCCAGUCGUGAAGGGCUAUGGGACUCUCAGCUUGCGAGUGCUGUGGCCGAGAAGGUCAUCCGUCUCGAAACUCUGGAAGGGAAGAACGCGCAGGAUGAGCCAAACGCAUCGCCGUCGACUUUUCUCGACAGCGAACUAUUCGAGUCCAAUGGUCCCAUGACUUCGCUUGUCCCUCUAUCCUUAUCCGUGCCGCGCAUACACAAUGUGCAUUUCGUUUUGCCAGACAGCUGGUCAGGAACGAUGACGAUGACGUGCGAGAAGCGAUGGGUAGAUGGUCGAUGUGAGGUCAUACAGACGGCAUUCGAUCCGGCAACAAAACAGUGGCUACGAACAUAG